CUCUCAAAUGAAAUGGAAAACACAGGUUAAUCCAUGGUAAAACUUCAGUAUUCAAUGGUCUGUAUUCAUAUUUCAAAGAUCGCACAUGAUACUGAAUAUAUUAGACUAUAUCAGACCCUCAUGCACUCUAUCCCUUUGCUACGGCCUCAUAUCACAGGAGCUUUGCUUUGGGCGUGGAUACAUGCUGUAGAGUAUUAAGUCCUUUGAAUUGGGUCAGUGCAAGCAUUUCCAGCAGAACAGACGAGGUAAAGCGCACUGAUUAGCCACUAAGCCCAGCCCACAGAGGAGCAAUCUUUUGUGAUGGACUGAUCGACAAGAGGCAAAGAAAUAUUUCUUGCAGUGCUGGCAGGGAAAAGUAAAACUGCAGAACUAACUCAUGAUCUAGAAAGUGAGCAGCUUAACUGAAGGCCCAAGAUGCCAGAGCAGAGCAACGACUACCGUGUGGUGGUGUUCGGAGCUGGAGGUGUGGGGAAAAGUUCGCUGGUGCUUCGUUUUGUGAAAGGCACUUUCCGGGACACCUACAUCCCGACGGUGGAGGACACCUACCGGCAAGUGAUUAGCUGUGACAAGAGCGUCUGCACUCUGCAGAUCACAGACACAACCGGUAGCCACCAGUUUCCCGCCAUGCAGCGUUUGUCUAUCUCCAAGGGCCACGCCUUCAUCCUGGUCUAUUCCAUCACUAGUAAGCAGUCCCUGGAAGAAUUAAAACCCAUAUACCAGCAGAUCCUCUCUAUCAAGGGAAACGUGGAGAACAUCCCCAUUAUGCUGGUGGGGAACAAGAGCGAUGAGACUCAACGGGAAGUGAAGACCGAUGACGGAGAAGCCCAAGCCAAAAACUGGAAAUGUGCUUUCAUGGAGACCUCGGCUAAGACUAACCACAACGUCACUGAGCUCUUCCAGGAGCUUCUCAAUCUGGAGAAGAAGAGAAACAUGAGCUUGAACAUCGAUGGCAAGCGUUCUGGAAAACAAAGUAGGGCUGAUAAGCUAAAGGGUAAAUGCAGUGUCAUGUAGACUGCUUUCUAGAGGGAAAACGGGAACAUGGUGAGAUAAAGUGGAGAUGAAGUGAUAGAAUGAUAAAGGAACUGAUAGAAGAAUGGAGAGCAAAUUAAUGGAGAUAGUUUUGUUUGAAGUUUCAUGCAUAUUCCAGGAACAAGCAUUUCUCUAACACUUCAGAUUUCAUCCUUUACCAUCCAUCAUGGCCUUAACAAGCACUGGCCCAUUCAUAUUGCCUUGUCUGUUUCUAUUACAAUGCAUCGCUGCCAGCUCUCGCACUGUUUAUAUUCUUCAUCAGGAGAAUGCUGAGAAACGUCACAUUUCAGACAGUAAUCAGUUGCUCAGUGCAACAGCCUUUUUGAAAGCCCUUUUGAGUUCAUAAUGCUAACAUUUUGCAUUAUUUUUCUUUUAAGAAAUGGUUACAGUGCCAUUAUAAAAGAAGUUAGGGUUAAUAUUGGCAAUGUGCAGGCCAACACUGAAUCUCCAUGCACAAAACUCCAUAGAAAGUUCUGCAAAGUUCUUGCAUGAUUAUUAAUGAAAUAUUUUGUAGAAUUUGAUUAUGCUUACAGCUACCAACAAGAGUAUAGUACUCUCAGAUCCAUUUAACACAUUUUUACAAUGUUUAAAACCAUUCUACAUUACACAUAUUCUGCAAAAAUCAGCACAGAAAAUGUGAAAAAAGUAAAGGUCCCGAUGAGGUCCCAAACAUAGGACUCAGACAUGAUUUUGCAGAUGUAGCAACCAAAAAGAGCCUUUAUCUGUGAAUGAAAGGCAUUUGAAUACACAUUUAUUUGUUAUGCAUAACUUUUUUUUGUUUAUUUUUGGACAUUUGUUAAGAAAAGGCAUUUGUGUGAGCUGAACCACCAUUUUUGUACCCAUGGCACAUUUGCUAAUAAACACCAGAUUGUCAGUCAGGUUGAGAAAAUAGAAUCAAUAUGAUAUUUUAUAACAAUAUGGUCAAGUUAUAAAGAUAGACAAAUCACCCUUUAAUAAUAAUUUGUUUCAGGUUUUGUAUAAACCAACUUUAAUAGUUACCUUGAUGAUUACUUUUGCAUGUCAUCUUUACUAUUAUCUUAAAUAAUGUCAGACAAUAUUUAAGACAAUCAUUUGUUACACAUAAACAAAUUGCUUGAGAAUUUGGUUACUUUAUGAUGCUUUACAAAAUGAUUACCUUAGAGAUUAACCUGAUUUACUGUACAGACAUCAAGGCAGUCUUUAAAUCUGAAAGACUAUAGACACUUCAUAUUCCAUGCAUGCAUGGCUCUGUGAACUAACAAACACUCAGUCGUCAUCAUCCUUAUCUCUGGCAUUCAGCCCCUUGACACUUAUGGCCUCCUUUAUACCAUAAUUUGGAGUGGACCUGAUUCUCUGUCUUCAUUUUCUCAUAUUUCUCAUGAUGAACUGCUCAUUUUUUAAAUAUGAUUGAGACAUCAGCAAAUGUGUCUCUCACAAAGUCAAACAGGAAAUUAAUGUAAAUGCAUUUUAAAUGAAUGCAUUUGCAAGAGUUGUCUUUUGGCAGAGUAAAACUAAAUUGAGAGAAAUGUGGCUUUCCACAAGCAACACAAGCAAGUCUUCUCACACUGUUUAUUGAAGAAUAUUGUAUACAUAGAAGGGUUGAGAUAGUAUGGAAACCAGAAGACAGACAUUUUAUAUUCAAACAUAUGAAAGAAUUAGCCAUUUUUAGCCAAAUAACCAAUACCUAGAAUUAGCCAUUUUCAUAUAUAUCUCAAAGAAUCAGACUUAUCAGGAACUGGAGACAUUUCAAUUUUGGCCUGAAGAAUUCAGUUUAAACUACCCAAAUGUCACAAAACCUGAAAAAAGAUUGAGUGUAUUGCAUUCUUUCUUUUUUUUUUUUUUUAACUAGCCAAAUCCCUUGAGCAAAUUAUGUGAGUAUGUUCUCCAAAAGAGCACCUUUAAUACACUGCGUUAUCCAUUCUUUUGUAAGUUGCUGUGGAUAAAAUGUAAAUGUCAAAUAUAAAUGUUGGGCUGGUUUCCUUAUACAUAUAUAAACAAAGUUAAUAAAAAAAAUAAAAAAAUAAAAAAUGCGAAAUAGGGCGUUCAAGUGACAACUCAUUUUGUUUCUUUAAAAACAGGUCCACCACAGC